AUGAGUGACAAGUCUCAGGUUUCGGCGGAGGCUGCAGGCGGAGGAGUCAAGCCUCUGGUGGGCUUCUUGGGCCCCCAGGCCUCGUACACGCACCAGGUAGACAUCUUCGAGGUCGUACAAGCCGGCGAGGUCGCUUUUGGCGUCGUUCCCGUCGAGAACUCAACCAAUGGGUCCGUCCUGUUCACGCUGGACAACUUUGCCGAUCGCAACGGCUUGUACCCAGACAUUUCGGUCUGCGGGGAGAUCUACCUCGACGUGCACCACUUUCUCGUCGGCCGCCGUCCGGACCCGGUUCACGACGCCGCCGCCGGCCCGGGACUACGGGGAGGAGACGAAGGCUCCGGCGCCUGCACGCCCACGGCAUCGGACCCGAACCCGCUGAAGCCGCGGACGAAGCCGCUGUGCAGCCUCAAGCACGUCCGGCGCCUGUACUCGCACCCGCAGGCGUGGGGCCAGUGCGUCGCCUUCUUGCAGACGUACCUCAAGGGUAUCGAGGCCAUCGACGUCAGCUCGACGAGCCGCGCGGCGGAGCUGGUCAGCCUGGACGAGACGGGGACGAGCGCCGCCAUCUCGAGCGAGAUCGCGGCGGGUAUGCACGGUAUCGACGUGCUCGCGCGGACGAUUGAGGACCGCGAGGAUAACACGACGCGGUUCUUCAUCAUCCGAAAAGGGCUGGACGAGAAGCAAAAGAUGCCGGGCCACUGCGUCAGGCCAAAGACGAAGACAAAGUCCAUGGUUUCAUUUACGGUGCCGCACGAGGCACCUGGCGCGCUGGCGGACGUGUUGGAGUGUUUCCGGCGCUACGGGACGAAUCUCACGAGCAUCAACAGCCGGCCGAGCCUGACGGCGCCGUUCAACUAUGUCUUCUUCGUUGAGUUUGAGGGGCACCGGUUCCGGGAUCCGGAGGGGAGGGUCAAGGGGGCGCUGGACGGGGUGGCUCGGGUGGCGGAGAGAUGGCGGUGGCUUGGGAGCUGGGAGGACCAACGGUCGUGA